GUCUUUUCACUCCCUCUCUCUCUCUCUCUCUCAUACUCAAUGCUGUUUUUUUUGAAUAGAGGGUGUUCCCCACCAGUUGGUAAGUAAAUGAUCCGAAGAGUUGUUAGAAAAGAGAAUCGAACCGAAAAUCUUGAGAAAUGAGCAAAAUCUUAAGCUCCGGGCAGGACCCACUUGGCCAGAGCAGUUUCUCUCUCUAUAAAGUCAAGUUUGCUAGCUAGCUAGAACUCCGUGUUUCAGAGAGAGAUAGAGAGAGGGAUGGGGAGGACGCCGUGCUGUGAGAAGAAAGGGUUGAAGAAGGGGCCGUGGACGCCUGAAGAAGACGAGAGGCUGAUUGAGUUCAUCAACAAGAACGGCCAGGGAAGCUGGCGUGCUCUCCCUAAGCUCGCUGGCCUUCUUCGCUGUGGAAAGAGUUGUCGCCUUCGCUGGACAAACUAUCUUAGGCCAGAUAUUAAACGCGGACCUUUCAGUUCCGAAGAAGAAAAGCUUGUUAUACAGUUGCAUGGCAUUGUUGGGAACAGGUGGGCUGCAAUUGCCUCUCAGCUACCCGGAAGGACAGACAACGAGAUCAAGAACUUGUGGAACACUCACUUGAAGAGGCGCCUCGUUUGCAUGGGAAUCGACCCACAAACACACGAACCCUUGUCUACUUCCAACGGGCCAAACAGGAAACCGUCCACAUCCCCCUCCACCCGCCACAUGGCCCAGUGGGAGAGCGCGAGGCUUGAAGCUGAAGCCCGGCUUUCAAAGGAGUCGUUGCUCUUUAUUCCACCAAGCUUAGGACGAACGAGUUCUGACUAUUUCCUACGCAUAUGGAAUUCCGAAGUUGGGGAAUCCUUUCGGGAUAUUAGCAAGGGGAACAAAAACCCAUGUCAAAGCUCAAUUUCUCAAGCGUCUUCAUCGACGACAAGAUGUGGAUCAUUUUCAGUAACUACAGCAGAGAUAGGAAAUCCUCUGAUUGGUUCCUCAGCAACCGGGAGCACCGAAAACGGGGAUUUGGAAAACAAAUUGUACGCUGACGAUUCGAUGGAUAUCUCGGACUCCUCUAGCUCCAAUGAGUUGGAGGAUUCAUGCGACACGGCGUUGCAGCUGCUCUUCGAUUUCCCAGCCAACAAUGACAUGAGCUUUCUAGAGCAUAGCGAAGACUAUACAUUAUGCGACGCCAUCAUGACCGGAAGCUCCUUAAAUUGCUCUCCCUAAGGCAUGGCUGAUAGCAAACUGUGUGUCUUGGAGUAUCCGUUUCUUGAAUCCGCGGUUUGUUUUGUACGUAUGGUAUUUCAGGUAAGUAGGAGCUAUGAAUUCAGCUACGGGCCCUGAUUUCUUCUAUCGUUGUAGACGAUACGAUGUUUAAUUUGUGAUUAUGAAUCAGAUCUAAUUACCUAA